UUCUUGGGCGUCAGCCGAUAGCUCCCGGCCCAGCCCAGCCCAGCUGACGAGGAAUCUAAGGUUGCGCAUGGCCGCAGGGGCAUGGCAGUGGCGCGCGGGCGGCGAGCGAGAGAGAGCACCACACGGUGGCGCUGAGGGCGGCGGCGGCGGCGCGAGCGCAACCAGCGGGAAGCCGGGAAGGCGGCGGUUGACGGAGACCAUCGCCAUUGGACUCACUGGAGCAGCAGGGGAACAGAGGAAGGAAGCCAUGUGUGGUGGCAUUUUGAUUCUGGGCGAAGCUUGAUGAGUUUGGGGGCCAAGCUUGGGACCAUGGCUCUGGGUGAUCUACCACCUUUCUCGCGGGGCCUUCUACCUCGCGCGGAUUCCUCGUGUUCAAGUUUCAAAUCCAGAGGUGACCUCCAGUGUUGAUGCCCAGAAGAUGUUUGAUGAAAUGCCAAGAAACAAGGAGCUAACCACAGCAAGUGUUGUUCGCGUCACCGUGAGCCAUGUGCUCUGUCCAGUGACCACAGAGGUGCUUCACGAAGUAUUUGUUCCGUAUUGUCAGAGCGGGUGAUGAGUGCAAUUGAGGCGGUUACUUAUGUGGAGGCUGUCGUCUCACUCAAGUACGCCAUGCCAAGACGCAGCAUGAGCUCAACAUGAACUCCAGGGUUAGAUGGUGUUGCUUGUUAGAUGUCAAGUAUGUGCAGCCCGUGCUCCAGCAACCAGAAGCUAGCGAUUCCCCCAUGUGUUUGAUGUUGAAUCCUGGACAUUGGACUUGCCACCUCGACAGGCUCUGCAGCUACAGUCCUACAGACACUUCACUUAUUAGCUAUACCUCAAGUCCAAUAAGUGUAGUUGAAGAUCAGUUGCAUCCUCCAUGCUGAGGAGAAAGGACAUCGUGCUCACUCAUGUCGGUGGAGUUUCAUUGUUUGCAGAGGCAGCAGAUCAAGUGUUUUAAGAAAUAUCGUGUGUGCUUGUGGAUGGCAAUGCACAUAAACUAGAUGCAGAGGAACACUUGAUGAGAUUUAAUGGCUUGAAUAAUUGCAUACUCUUGGCUUUGAUAAUUACAAGGAUAUUAUGGUGAUGUGAAAGUUUUUGAUUCCAGUGAGGAGUUCAGGAGUACAAUUCCUGUGUUCUCUUCUCUCCUGUGUUCCCCUGUUCCCCUUGACCUACUUUGUUUUCUCCCCCAAAUUCUCCCAAAUUCUACCCAUAACACUGUCACCAGUUCAUGUGAUUUGAUCUCUCACGAGCUUGGGUCAUAACAACGGGAAGGGGACUUGUCUCAUCGACCCCUUGUAGGCAGUGUGCAGUAUUGGUACUAGGAGCGGUCAUGGGGUGUGCGAUGUCUGCCACUGGGGGUAAGAUAGGAUGCCGCUGUUGCCAGUGUUUGUGGUCCGGCAGUGUGAGCUUUUGGGAGCCUCUAAACUUUCAAUUAGUAUGUUCAUUUGAAACACAGUGACAUUACGUCUUGAAGGUACUGAGGAAGAGUUCUUGGAAAAUUUCAACAGAUGCCAGGCUCAUUUUCAAUAUUGGCUUCUCAUGAAUUCACCCUUCCGCAUACGUUUUGGGGACCAAGUUAUAUACACUACCCCUUUGGAUGGGACAUUUUACUAUGUCCUGCAACAUGAAGGUCGCUAUGUCAUACUCGUAGUAUUAGCCAGGAUGGCAUGGCUAAUUGGUUUUUGUACUACAAAUGGAUUUUUCCAAAUGGAAUUUGAAGAUUUGAUGGGCCUUUAUAUGGAUAGUGUCCACAGCCACCUUCUCAGAUUCAAAGGAAAUCACCAUACCAUAUCGCCCAAUGGGACAGGAAACACUACUGUUAAUUUGCAAUUCAUUAGAAAAUGCUUCCACGGAUUGUGUACAUUUGUUCCAAGCAAGUGUCAGGACCCAAAGGACUUGCCAGUGUGGAUUGGUCUUUUUGUUGUGCUGAUUAUGGAAUCCAAAUCUCGUGAAAUCCAUAGGCGUCAUUGCCAUGCAAUCCUUGAGGUGAUCACACCGGAGUUGGGUAGAGACUAUGUCAAUAGUUUUAUCAAGAACUGGAGUUCAAUUAGUGCUCAAGUGAUGGGGUCCUUGACGAAUUUAACACACCAUCCACAUGACUGUGGCAUUGAUGUAUUGGUUACAUUGGAUGAUCUGAUUCAGGUAUUUUAUUACCUUCAUGUUGAUGCUUGGAAUGGAGGAUUGUUUGAGCAUGAGAGUCUCGCACCCCCUCCGAGAGAGAUGAAAUGGUCUCCAGUUGACCCCGGGGUGGGUGAUGCAAACAUAAGAUUACCUCAGGAGCCAGCAUUACAUGGACGUGGACACAAGCGUACUUCUGCUGCAACUGCAGAGAUGUGUUCAAAGCGAGCACGGGGUCUCUUAGGAGGUGGGCUUGGAGGACCCCCAACAGCACCAGAUUUUUUUGUUCGAUAUGUGCAAGGGGGAGAUCAAGUAAGAUCUCCGUUUUCUCUCAUCAUUCGAACGGCAUGCAUGCAUCAUGGAUGGUGUAUUGAAAUUAUAGGUGUUUUUCUAUCGCUCAUUUUGCAGAUGCAGAAACAAGAAUGUGAUCACUUGGUUUCUCAUCUAGUCUCAUUUGGCAUCACUGUAAAGAACGCCAUACGAACACCUGCACCAACUUCCCUAGUAAAGUUUGGCCAGCUUGAAGACAUUCGACGUGAGAACAAUGAACAAGCGAACAGGGAAGAGGCAGAGGAUUAAGGGAAAAGAGAAAAAAAGGGAGAGGGGGGGGGGGGGGGUCAGGAAGGAGCAGUAGGAGGGUUGUUGAUCCUUCUGCUCAGAAGCUUCUCACCGAAUUGGCAGCAUCAGGCACUAAUUCUCAAGGGUUUACUUUGGUGGAUGGGCUCAUCAAACAUAAGGUCAAAGUAUGCGUUGUUGAAAAUUCUGCAUUGCAGACUGAGUCAAAUCACAGCUUAUCAUUCUUCUGCUUUUGUGGGAUGUUCUGGGGUUCAGGCUACCUUGAAGUUGCGAAUCUGCUAUGCGACAUUAGCUUCUCCUUCUCAGUGGUGUUCUUGGUUAUCAUUGGUUCAGUUCUGGUAUAACACCUGCUAUCAUACUUCAUUGUUCUGUACUCCUCACAAGGCUCUGUACGGUACUGAUCCUGUAUGCCAUUUCCUUCCUUCUGAGCUGGUUACUGGAGGUGCUGGUGAUGACGAGGCAUCCACUUUGUUGCAAGAUCAUCAAUUAUUUUCUGACAUGCUUCAGCAGCAGCUGUCUAAGGCCAAAAAUAGAAUGAAACAUUAUGCUGGUGUUUCAAGUGGGAGAUCAAGUGUAUUUGAAGUUCUAACCUAUGAUCAGAAAUCAGUUGCUUCAGCUUUACCCAAAUUAGCUUUUAAGUAUUUUGGUCCUUUUCCAUCUUGUUUCGCAUUGGGGAAGUGGCAUACAAAUUGCAGGCUUCCUGGAGAUUCAUUUAUCCACCCUGUCUUUCAUGUCUCUCAGCUCAAGCAGUUUGUGCCAGCUCAUGUUCCGAUCUUUUCUCAAUUGCCCUCUCCAUUUCAACAGCACAUUAGAGAACUGGAACCAUCUGCAAUUCUGAAUUGCUGUCUUGUUAAAAAGGGUAACACUGUUCACACUCAAGUGUUGGUGCAAUGGGGAGAAAUGCCAUCGGCUUGUGCUACUUGGAAGAUUACCAUGAUAUGUAAGCUUGUUUUUUGUCAUCGCCUCAAGGGGGUGGCAAUGUCACACCACAGGGUGUGUUACAGGUGGAAGAAUCAAGGCCUGGAGCUAGAGGUAGGAGACGAUGGGAAGGUGGGAAAUGGAAAUGCAUAUCCUGAAGAAGGCAUCGUCUAGUGAUGUGAAUGUCAUGUGUAUGCUGUGCGGGGACAGUUUUUGUGAGGAUAUUGAUCUGUUUAAAUAGACAGUUACAGUAACUAAUGAAACGUUGUCGGGAUAAUGAAAAGAAUUCAUCCCCACUGUUCUGGCGGCUCGACGGUGAAUCCUUUGACUGCAAGCAGGGCGUAACAAUCUUGGCCAUACCUUCAGUUCUGUUGUUGUCCCUACACCAAUGUCUGCUAAGUCACCAUCACUUGGAAUCCCUUCACCUCCAGUUGGAAUUUUCGCUCAGAAGGAAUAAGUCAUUUCAGUGGGUAGAUCAGGGAUAAAUACUGAAUCAGUAAAGAUUAUUUUAAAAAUGGAGGCUUUUGGAGAGAAGAAGAUGCUCCGCUGGCCUACCUGAGGGUGUUGUUGAGGAGGAGGGGCUCUUGGACCGUCCAGUCACAAAGUUUGGUGCAUAAAGCAAUGUGUCAGUCAGGAGAAUGCUCAGGGAAGGUCUUGCUUAAUGAACGAAUGUUCCAUGUCCACUUCCAUCUUUUUUUGGUUUGGAUUCAAGAGGACAAAUGAUUCGUCUGAUCGACCUAUCUCUAUCUUGAAUUCCAUGGAGAUCUACCAAUACAAGAUGCAAGCACCAUGUCCAUCUUGGUCUCACGGUACUCUGAAUCGGGUUGGGUGAAAGAGGGUGGUGACCUUUGCUUACGAGCAUGAUGGUCUUGGGUGAAUGCAGUUCAGAGGCAAGACCCCAGAUACUUUCAAUGUAUAAUGGUCAUGUCAUCUGCCUUCUCUUAAUGUGGUUUUCUGGUCAACAUUUGAAGUAUUUGAAAUCUAAGGAUUAUUUUUUCCAGCAUAUUAUUAGGGAAGAACAUUAAAGGAAAUUAAUGAGGCUAUCGGGGCUUGUAAAAUUUAAGCUCAGAAUGUUAAUUAUUUCCUCUCCUCUGCUAAUAGUUGGAUUUUAUCUGAUCUACAUAAUUGUUUUUUUUCAAAUUCAGAAGUACUGAUGGUAGCUCAUUAUCUGGUCAAAAUCCUGAUUUCACUGGGUGCGGUACUGCUGUGAUUUACAGUAUAUGUGUGCUCCCAUUAUUUUGUAUACUUUGGAAAUUUUAUUCUUCUUGUUUACUCCUUAGGAUGCUUUCCUCUGAACUGCAGUCACCUUGAGACAAUCAAUCAAUUGACUGGUGCAUUGCCAACCUCUUUGGGAGACCUACCUUACCUGGAAGGCUGGAGUGUUGUUGUCCCUGUUGGGGAUGGAAAUAUUGUUCAAGUUAUCAGCAGGCUACACGUUAUUCCCGAUAACCCAAAAGAAUCCUCAGCAGUGAAGAGUUUACAUCCUCACAUGAUUACGCAACUUCUUGCUAAUGUAGGUUGUCCCUGUUGGGGAUGGAAAUAUUGUUCAAGUUAUCAGCAGGCUAUACGUUAUUCCCGAUAACCCAAAAGAAUCCUCAGCAGUGAAGAGAUUCUGGCCAGGAGACUUCAACCAAACAAUGAUGGAACUAGGAGAAACACUCUGCAGCAAGGUGAAGCUUGGUUGCUCCCAGUGCCCCGUCUCUAGCCAUUGCCAAGCGCUCUCACUUUCUAGCCAAAAUGCUUAAGUCAGAGUUACAGACUACCCACGACUGGUUCCAAAAACCAAAACGGUGUGAUUUUGUUGCUGCUUGUGUUAUCCGAAUUGCACACGGGUUGGAUCAAGGUAUAGCAGAUGCGAUGGGCAUGAAUAUUCUUUUUCUACUGAUCAAGUGGCCAGAAGAGGGCCUGCGCUCUGGGCUAUGGGAGUUCCCAUCUGUUCUUGUAAAUGAAGAGACUGGUGCAUUGAACAGGAGAAAGAGGUGGACAAAUGUGAAAUGGAGAUCCAGUGGUGAUCCUCAAGGAAGAUCUUGGUCAACAUGUUCAUAUUGUCUCACACAAUCGCUUGACGAUGUUUGUUGAGCUGAUGAUUCUGAAUCUGAAAGAUGAUUUGGAUCAAUUAUGCAAGGAGGGACAAGAUAGCACCAAAACUGAGAUUCAUUAAUGAGAAUACAGUCGCAUGGGAUUGACAUCAGGAAUCCAGAAGGGACGCACAACUCAUUGUAGUAAAAAUAUUUCCUCAGAUAAUUAUAUCUUUCAAUGAGGUUGUCCCUGUUGUGGAUGCAAUCAUGGUACUGUUGUUCGAGUUAUCAGCAGGUAAAUAAUAUCCCUGAUAAGUGAUAACCCUCCUCAACGGUGAUUUGUUGAAGUGACUCUGGGAGCUUAAUGGCUUAGUGAUUUGACCCUUCGAGGUGGGGAGACUUGAACCAAGCAAUGAUGGAGCUAGGAGCGACACUCUGCAGCGACACAAAGCCCAGUCGCUUCCAGUGCCCUCUGUCUCUAGUUGCUGCCAAGCGCUCUCACUUUCCUGCCAAAGUGCUUCAGUCAAAGUUACACACUACCCACGAGUGGUUCUGAAAGCCAAACUACGGUGUGAUUUUGCUGCUAUCUGUGUUGUUCAAAUUGCACAAGGCUUGGAUCAAGGUACGGCUGAUGCAAUGGGCAACGGCUUUAAUCUCUUUCUACUGAUCAAGAGGCCAGAAGAGCUCUCCUUCUUAAUAUACUUUGGCCGGCUGUCUUCGCCGGCCUGGUGAAAAAAAAAAGAGGCCAGAAGAGGGCCUGCUCCUUGGGCUCUGGGAGUUCCCAUCUGUUCUCGUGAACAAAGGGAAGAGUGAUGCACUGAACAGGGAAAAGAUAUGGACAAAUAUUUGAAGCAAUCCCUUAGCAUAGAUGUGAAACGGAGAUCCAGUAUGAUCCUCAGGUCAGAUGUUGGUCAAUAUCCACAUUUUCUCACACAUUUGCUUGACGGUGCUUGUUGAGCUCAAGUUCAAAAAUUUUUGGACAAAACUGGAUGACAUUCAGGAGGUGGUCCAGGAGGUGUGGCAACAGAAGGUUGACAGUCAGGGUCCCUCUUCGAUACUCUAUGUCAAGAUGGCCAGAGCGGCGAAGAAGUUGCGCCAUUGGGGACAGAGGAAGAUAAGCAACCUGAGGCCGCGUCUCCAGAUCGCAAACAAGAUUAUCUUCCAACUGGAUGUAGCACAAGGAAACAGGUCCCUGUUGUCGCAAGAGCUGCGAUUCAGGGCUGGACUCAAAGGGCAGGCUCUACCUGACGCUUGCCUCCCUAGAAAGGAUAAGCGUAUGGCAAAGGGCAAGAAUAAAGUUUUUAAAGAGGGGGAUGCAAACACAUAUUUCUUCCACAUGAAAGCUAAGGCGUGAGUGUGUGACGGCACAAGUUGAUUAUCGGCCCUUAGCAUGAAUCAUGAUGGUCACAUGGCAAGGGGAUAUAUUGAUUCGGUGAUGGGGGUUGCCGACAAGGAAAACAGAGUGAUGGAUCUUCAAGCACUAGGUUUGGUAACAGCAGAUCUGUCUGACCUAGAACCGCAAUUCACAGAAGAGGGAGUGUGGAGUGUAAUCAAGGAAUUAUCCAGUAAAAAGGCACCAAGGCCAGACGGUUUCACAGGUCUUUUCUAUAUAUCAUGCUGGGCCAUGAUCAAACGAGAAGUCAAGCUAUACAAUGGCAACAAACACAGGGUCAUUCUGCUGCCAGUGGAAGGCCCAAUGAUGCUGAAGGACUACUGGCCCAUAAGUUUGAUUCACAGUUUUGCCAAACUGGCCACUAAGUUGAUGGCUACAAGACUCCGCGAGCAGGAUUGGGAAUUGGCGUCAUACACACACAAUCAGCUUUCAUCAGAGGAAGAGCCAUUCACGAUAAUUUCAUGUUUGUGGAAGGGACGGCACAACAAUUCCAAUGGUGUCACAAAACAAUGAUUAUCCUUAAACUAGAUGUUACAAUUAUUUGGUCUUUUGGGGUUUUCUCUUUCAAAUGCUACAGCACCAGGGUUUUGGCCUGAGGUGGAGGAACUAGAUUGUUGAACUACUUCUCACUGCAGAUACUUCAGUGGGAAUCAAUGGGGGUAGAGGGCGAACCUUUUAAGCCAUCAAGGGAUCUGCGUUAGGGGGACCCUCGGUCACCCCUCCUCUUUGUUCUGGUAAUGGAUACCUUGCAUGCCAUAUUGUCCAAGGCUAUCGAUGCAAGGACUCUGGCCAAGGUUGAUAACAAAUUGGCAGCGCCAGUGGUCUCCAUGUAUGCGGAUGUCGCGGUUAUUUUUGUCCCACCAACAGAAGAAGAUGCCUGGCCAAUUAAAAAUAUCAUGAAUAUGUUUGGGGCAGCAACUGGACUACGAACAAACUUGAUGAAAAGUGUGAUCACCCACAUACGAUGUGAUGAAACAUUGGUGAAAAUGGUUCAAUCAAUUCUGAUCUGCAGAUUUGAGGAUUUCCAAAUAAGCUAUUUGGGCCGCCACUUUCCCUCCUAAGGCUAACAAAAGAGGAGGCACAACCACCGAUGUUGGCUGAAUGGAAGCCAUAACUGCUGCAUUCAGGAGGUCAACUCAGACUAAUCAAAACGGUGUCAUGGCACUACAUUUUAUGGCAUCAUUGCAACUACCACAAUGGGCGAUCGAGGAGAUUGAGCAAAAAUGUCAAGGAUUCUUGUGGAAAGGACAAGAGGAGGUCAGUGGGGGACAUUGUCUGGUAGCAUGGUGCAUGGUUUGCAUGCCAAUUGAAAAGGGUGACCAGCAUAAAGAUCUCUAUUUGUUUGGACAGACGCUUUGUCUCCAAUGGUCAGUGUAGCGACAACUGACAAGCACAUCUGAUUGGCCAUGGACGGUACCGAGUAUGAAGCCAGAGAAGGAGUUACAAAGCUGCUUCUUUGCGGCAAUGAAAUAUGUGGUGGGAGAGGGCAAGAGCAUCGAUUUCUGCAGGGCAAAUUGGCUCCCAGGUGGAAGUAUUGAGAGCACAAGGCCCACUCUCUUCAGCUAUGUCAAAAUAACAGGCCUGACACUGCACAAGGAACUACAGAAUCACACCUGGGUUCAAGAUAUUGAUGGCACGCCUUCAAACAGAGUGAUCUGAGAGUAUGUGAAUUUAUGGGACGCCAUUGAAUAAUUGAUGGCACUUUUCUGUUUCCUCUGCAUACAACAUGUUCUGCACGGCCAGAAGAAAUCAAGCUAUGGUAAACUGAUCUGGAAGACGAGGGCACCUUCAAAUGUCAGAUUCUUCAUGUGGUUGGCGAUCAACGGAAGAUGUGGCAGACAAUUUUCAGAAAAGGGGUGCCGGCUAUGCGAGAGGGCUAAUGAGGAUUGUGCACACCAUUUUUGUUAGCUAUGUUUUCACCAACAGAGUAUGACGAUUCUUGAGUUGGGUGAAUAUUUCUUUCCAGCUGCCAGGGGACAUUUUUACUGAAAUCACUACCAGGCUUGCUCAGCAGUUAACUUUUACAAAUAUGAAACAAUGACUGUACAAUAGGAGUUACAAAAAGGGGAAAGAAAGAGAACCAAAAAAGAGUUAUAUGUCAUAAACUUUGUAACCAGUCAAGCACUGUCUGACAUAGAGGUAGAACUCUUUUGUCCUACAACUAUGUAGGAGAACUUCUUUCUUGAACAAGGCAAAUCUAUAUUGAUACCUUGAGAACUGUGCCUAGAUCGGUUGGUAUGGGUUGAUUGCUUUCACCCAGCAGACCUAGGUUUGACCUCUCGACCCGCUCAUAUUCCACCUGGAUUAAAUGAAGGGUUGGAAAAAUA